AUGGCCAACGCAGGAGCCAUCGACACCAGCAACUUUCCGACGCCCGGGCAGAACUCUAGUGGGCGAGAGAGGCAUGAUGGAUUGCUGAGCCCAAAGACCAAAGAAUGGCUCGCUAAGCAGAACAACAAGCUUGCGCGAGGUGAGCGAUUGACGCUCAUGGAUGCUGGGGCGAAGGAGUUGAUCGAAGCUGGAUUUGCGGCUAUAGAGAACGGGCCGGUGGUCUCUCCUUCCCUCUCAAACUUGUCCAUCGGUCAGCAGUCGCCUCUCGGGAUCGACCAGAUUUGCCAACCAGACCAUAUGAUGAGAGGCCUGGCUUUACGGGUUUGGGCGCAGUUUGUGACCAGCAACGGGGCUUGA